AUGGGCGGCUACUUAUCGACAUUUACAAAGCUGAUAUGGGCAAAGAAGGAGAUACGGAUAUUGAUUCUGGGGCUGGAUAACGCUGGAAAGACGACGUUACUAUACAGACUAAAGAUUGGCGAGGUAGUCACAACGAUACCAACAAUAGGCUUCAACGUCGAAUCCGUCACAUACAAGAACCUUAACUUCAACGUCUGGGACCUCGGCGGCCAAACCUCCAUCCGCCCCUACUGGCGCUGCUACUACGCCAACACCGCCGCCGUAAUCUUCGUAAUCGACAGCACAGACAUCGAGCGCCUCACCACCGCUAGCGAAGAACUGCGCGCCAUGCUCAACGAAGAAGAGCUCCGCGACGCCGCCCUCCUCGUCUUCGCAAACAAACAAGAUCAACCGGGCGCAAAGGGCGCGGGCGAGAUCAGCGAGGCGCUCAAGUUGGGGGAGCUCAAAGACCGGAAUUGGAGUAUUGUGGCUUGUAGUGCGGUGGAUGGACGGGGUGUCCAGGAGGGUAUGGAUUGGCUGGUGGGGAAUGUUGGGGAGCAGAGUUAG